AUAGAGCAUCGCACCUGUCCCAUGUGCAAAUUGGAUGUUUUAAAAUUCUAUGGUUAUGUGUUCAUUGGCAGUGAGGAAAGUAUUUUGGAAUAUCCGGCAGAAACAACUCCAGCCGAUGCUGCAGCAAACAGUUCAGUCAACAGUAGUAAUGUAAGACCUACUGGAGCUUUAGCUGAUCUCAUAAGAAGUCGUGAUUUUGUUAUAGACUUUCCCAGAGUAUUUGUGUUGGAGGGUGGUAGUGAAACACGACGUAGAAGUUCAAUUUUCAAUGAGGGCCUACCCGAGAGAUCACAGUCAUCGAUGGGUUUGGCUCAAGCUAAAGAUUGGAUGUGUACGGUGGCUAAUAAGUUGGAAGAGCAACAUGGUUUAAGGAGAGCCCGUAAAAAUAGCCAAAGAAUGGAAAUGCAGGAGAACUUAUUGAGUGUACGUCAAGAGUCCAUGAAAAUGCGCCGUUCCCGUUCCACAGAAGGACGCUACUGUGUGCGCCGAGAAGCCGAAACUCCUGAAGCAAAAUCAAACAACAAUGAAUUGGAAGUGGAAGGCGCCUGCGGUGUAUCUAAUGGUCAAAGUACCUCGAAUUCCUCUUCUACUAGUAGACGUAAUAGCAACUCUAAUCCCUUAAGUCAUUUACAACCAGUAGUGUCCUUAAAAUUCGAUAUUUUAAAUAAACGUAGAAAAUCCAUUACAACACGUCGAGCGAGUGAUGUUAGUUUAAAGCCUUUGGUGCAAAAUGAAAAGGAAGGGGAAGCAGAAGUAGAAGUAGAAGCAGCACAACCUAUAGCGGUUGAGGAUAAUUUGCCAAGUAUUACUAUAGAAAUUGUUGAUGAAAAUAAUCAAUAGUUAGGAUAUGUUAAUUAAACAUAGUCAACAGAAACGAGUCCUGAAAAAUAUUCUUAAACAAGUGCUUUUAAAUUAGUUAUAAAAUUUUGAAUUAGUGAAAUGUUAAAUAUUUAUAAUUAAGAAGAAUUUAAUGGAAAUAAAAUGAAAAGUA